AUGAAAUUUGCUCCUUCGCCGGACCCUAGCGGUAAGAAAUUUAUGAAAUUUGCGACUUUAAUUCCAGAAGACGCUAAUUUCUGUAAUUCUCAAGUUUAUGAUGAUGGUUUCCGCAGCUGCAUCUCUAUGGAUAGUCGAACUACUCGUUCAAGAAAGGCUCAUAUGGCACAGCAGCAGGCGGAAAAUCAAUCGCGCGCCAAAUGGACAGCGUCACUGACCAAAACUUUGGCUGACUUGAUGGUAGAACAGAUUCAGAAGGGCAAUAAAUCGAACAGGUCUUUUAGCAAGAAAGGCUGGAAACUCAUUUGUGAUAACUUCCGUAGUCAAACAGGUUAUUGGUGGGAUAACGACCAGCUGAAAAGCCGAUAUGUUGCCUUAAGGAAGCAGUACAUAAAUGUAUCAACGCUGCUAAGUUAUCCCGAUUUUCAGUGGGACGAGGCUAACAGUGCAAUAAUUGCUACAGAUGCGGCAUGGGACAAAUACAUCAGGGAACAUCAUGAUGCGGAAAACUUGAGGAUUGCAGGGUGUCCAAUAUACAAUCAGCUGCGAACAAUAUUUGCAGAAACGGGAACAGGCAGCAAAAAGCAGAACGGAUCAUCGAGAGAGCCCGACAAUAUAUCUUCACUGAAUCUCUCUCCUAUUCCUACAAGGCAGGCGGCUGCAGAAGUGGAAGAACAGUCGCCAUCAGAAUCGGAAAAAUAUGCAGAUCAGUACAGUCGAAAGAGAUGCAGGAGAGGAGGGAUUGAAGAUUCCCUAGCAAAAGGUAUACUGAAGAUGGCAGGUGCAACGAAGCUCCACACAGAGGCAAUCAAUAGCUUGAAUAGCAAAUUUCCGGUAUCGGAUUGUGUCAGGGCAUUAGAUGAACUACAAGGAAUUGACGACCGGAUCUAUCUCGCUGCUUUAGAUCUCUUCAACAGCCGUAAUGCUAGGGAAACGUUCCUAACGCUUAGAGCUGAGAAACAACUAGGAUGGUUAGAAAGGAAGUGUUCGACCUCUACUCAGUAGACUUAAAAGUAUCUAUUCGGAUUAACCUCAGUUUAAGGGUGAUUCUUGACUUAUUUCGUUGUUUUUGGGAGAAGCUAUGCUAUGGAAUAAAAUGGUCUAGAAGGGAAGAAGUGUUUUGAAGGAUUUGUUCUUGUACAGAAUACAAGAAGGUAUUUGAGAUUGAGCUAUAUAUAUAUAUAUAAGUCUGGGGUUUGUUUGUGUUGGCUAUGUAACUCUUUUAUUGUUCUUAUUGCUAUAUGUAACUUGAUAAAUCUCUAGCUUGUCUUGUCUUGUCUUUGUCAAGGAUAUUAUUGUAAUAUGGUACUAUGUUUUAUAACAUGUUACUACUUUCUA